ACAACUAUUCACAAUUUUAUCCACAGCUACUCAGAGUGAGCUAGAUGUCCACUGAUCUUAAAUAUAUUAAUAUAGAUUCUGUGGCAUUGCUUAUGAUAAAUCAGCCUAUGUACUGUUUUUACACAAAUAACACUAUUGACUAUAAUAUAGUUGGUUGGGCCAGUGGAAGAGCUGCCUCACAGCUGCAGGCCGCAGUCCAUGUGAAGUUUGGAUGUUUUCCCUGUGACCUGAUGAAGGGUAUCAACUUGAAACACUGAAUCUUUAUUCCUCUCCGUAGAUGCUGUCUGACCGGCUCCAGCAUUUUAUGUGGUUCCCUGUGGUCUUGUUAUUUCUCCUUGCAUCCCAAAGGCCAGCGGGUGGGCAGUUGCUAGCUGCUCCUAUAGAUAAAUAGUUGAAGCUUGCCUGCUAAAAAGUGUAAAUGGAAAAUGGAAUUUCAGGAGAAAGGUGUGGUUGGAAGUAGAGCUAGUUUAGUUUUUGAAUCUCCUGGCAGUAACAGUAAUGUGGUGAUAAGCCCCACCCAUUUUCUACAUUCAUGGGAAUCUGAAAGAAAACUCGUUGAUGUUCUAAUCACACUCAGUGAAGAAGCCGAAGAAGAUGAAAAGCCAAUGGAUCAGUCUAUCCUUUGUGGUGGAUGGGAUGAUGCAGUGCAUGGCUGGAGAACAAAUAACCUCCGUUCGUCCAUUCCUACUUUGAAAACAACAAAGAGACCAAGGAAAGAGGAGAGAAAUGGCAACCACUGUGUUGUCUGCGCAGAGAUGGUGCCCAUCUUAGAAAGGAAGAUGGGCCAGGAUAUUGAACAUUCCAAAAGAUCCAGUAGCACAACGGCGUAUAAUUUCAUAGGGGAGAAUUCCAAAUCAGCUCCAAAGAGAACAACUCCAGCUUUUUCACAAACCAGGGUACCUGCAUAUAGCUCUACAAUUUCACAGGCACAAGUAAAUGAGGCAAGCAAAAAAAUUUAUAUCCAAGAUGAGACAGAGACUGAAAUUGAUCAACACAAAGAAAAAGAGGGUGAAGUUAUCCUCAGCACCAAUCAACAGGGGCCAUUAAAAAAACAUUCCCCGCUAUUCCCUCCUGUAAAAAUGGCCAAUGGCAGUGAAAAGUUUGCAUCGGGAAUCAAACCAGUGGCAACAUUUAGUUUGGGUACUCUAAAUGGAAAUGAAAACCAGAAAAUUGAGAGUGAAACAUUGGAGAAGAGUCACAACAGUGCCAACUGCUGCCUUAGGACCCAUUGUUACAAUAUGGCCAUGUUACAGAUCAGUGAGUUAGAAAAGACCGCAAUUUCUGCUCCAGUGGGAAUAACAAGAAUAAUGAAUCAUUCGUGCUGGCAAUAUUCUUUAAUGCAAGAUAAGCUGGCCGUCAGUCGUGCCCCAGCCUCCAAACUAAUGGAAUGUCACAGCAUAAGAUUACAGCCUUCAAGGAUUAUGAAGCAUCACACAAAGAACAUAAAGCAAGAUAGCACUGGGAAAUCAGCUUUCAGUCACAAUGACUCAACUCAUAAAAUUGCGAGUAGAAUAGGACAAAAAGACACAUGCCACAAUAUUCUCCCUAUGCUCUCACAGCCAGACCCAUCACCACUUUCAGGACCUGGAAUAGCAAUCUCCAUAUUGCCACAGAGACUUCUAUAGUGUUAAGUUCACUUCUCUAUGUCCUUCUACCUCAGCUCCAUGGUUGUCACAACCCAUUGUAGUACCCCUCAUUUUCCCUGAGCCUGAGUAUAGAACAUUAAUCAACCCCAAUGCAUGAUGUAGACUUUAUGGUCAGUUGUGGUGCCACAAUAAAUCCUAUGGCUCUGGCAAGGUGAAAUUAUCAACCCAAUAAUAUUGACAGAAUAUGAUUUGAGUGAUGUUUUACUGGGGAGCAGCAAGGUAAAUCUUUCUCCUCUCACAGCAAUAUAAAUGUUCCUGUAAGCCAUUCUGUAAAGACAAAUCCAGUUAUUUUCAGUCGUAAAUGAUGUUUUACCAUAAUUGUAAUGCUUAAUUCAUAUCAAUUUUAAAAAAUCUUAACUCAUGAUCUUGAUAAUACAAAUGGUUGUGUCACAAUU